CCACCACCAUUUGUAAUGGAUCCGCCACCCCUCUCUGCCGCCACCGUGGCUCCAAACCACCCUGACUCGGUGGAGUCCUCUCCACGUUCUCGCAUUGUUGAAACAUACAGUGAUGAGCCUCUACCAGCUGUUCCUGGUGGCAAGCUCCGCCUCAUGUGUAGCUAUGGUGGCCACAUCAUGCCACGGCCACAUGACAAGUCACUCUGCUAUGUCGGCGGCGACACCCGAAUCGUGGUGGUGGACCGCCACUCCUCCCUGAAAGACCUCUGUGCACGGCUCUCACGCACUAUCCUUAAUGGAAGACCCUUUACUCUUAAGUACCAGUUACCAAAUGAAGACCUUGACAACCUCAUCACUGUCACCACUGAUGAAGACCUUGAUAACAUGAUUGAAGAGUAUGAUCGUAUAGCUCAAAAGCCUUCACCUUCACGCCUCAGGGUGUUCCUGUUCUUCACCAAACCAGAAACCACUGUUUCAAUGGGGUCACUCCUUGAUGAGGUUAAGUCAGAGACAUGGUUCGUUGAUGCACUUAACAACUCAGGGAUGCUGUCAAGGGUCGUGUCAGAUUCAGCUGCAGGGGAUUCUUUUGUGAACCUUGAUAGUGUUCCUGCUUGUGGUUCAAGCAACAACUUGGAGGCUCAAGGUGUUGUUGUAGAGUCUUUGACUCUGAAUGAUAGUGACAACAAGGUUAAGAAUUUGCAUGAUGUUGUGAAUUCAUUCCCUGGUUCACCUGUGGUGGAGAAUACCUCUUCUUCAUCUUCUUCUUCUUCUCCUUCAAUGGCUAAUCUGCCUCCGAUUCGGGUUCGUGUUGAUGACAAUGGUAGUAGUAGGCUUCAGCAGCAAGAGAAGAGGGUGGGGGUGGUGGAGGAUCAGUUUGCUCAGAUGAACUUUGCUGCAAGUGGUGUGAUGAAGCAUGAUGACGGGUAUGUUGUUGUUUCUUCUGCUGUGGCUAUGCCUGCAAUUCCUGCAGCUGUGACUAUGACUUCAGCUGGGGUGGUUAGUACAAGUGAUAAUAUGAAUAGGGUUGUCUCUGAUGAUGAGAGAUCAGAUCAUGGUGCACCAGCUGGGUUUAGGAAACCCCCUUUACCAUUGCAGCUUGUGCAACCAAAGUCUAGUGGUGGCUUGAGUUUGCCUUCUCCAGAUUCAGUUACAAGUGAUAGUAGUAUUGCAUCUACAAAUUCUUUCUCCAAGAUUGUUUACUAUCAAGAACAAGUCCAAGCUGCACCUGUUGACACCAAAGCUCUUGCUUUGCCAAAUGCCAAGAGUGAAAUAUCUGAUCAAAUCCCUGGACUACAAAGGGAACAAGUUCAGGAUUCUGGUUACAUGUUACCCCCACAAUUGGAUCAAAAUCAGCAAUUCCAUCACCAGCAGCAGCAGCAACAGCAGCAAUUUGUCCAUGCCAACACCCACUACAUCCACCACCCUACAGCCACAGGUCCAGUGCAAGUGUCAUCCUACUACCCAGUUUAUGCUUCACCAUCACAGAAUCAACUUCACCAUCCUAUUGGUCAGCAGCAAUACCCAGUUUAUGUAAUGCCAGUUGGACAUACACAACAAUACAACAUGGCAAUGCAACCCAAUAUAGCUGACUCAAAUGUGGUAGCCUCAGGAAGACCACUAAUACCCCAAAGUGCUAAUGUCUCAACAGCAUACAAGGAUGGCACUCCACCUAUUUACCCCACUAAGCCAGCUUCCCCUACUAUAUCUGAGGUAACUCCAAGUGUUUACAAAACUCCUGUGGCAUCAAAUCCUGCAUUUGUUCAAAUACCUUCCAAUCAAUUUCAGCAACAGUAUGUGGGUUUGCCUCAAUUCCAUCAUCCACCUCAGCCUAUUUCUGUAACUCCCUCUGGUGCUACUAAUUAUGGUUAUGACUAUGGUGGCCUUGUGCAAGACCAAGCAUACUACACACAACAACAACAACAAACUAAUGCUCCAUUGCUUCCUCAGUACCAAUCCAUGACCCCAGCAGCAGCUGCUGCAGCACUAUCAGAUGCUUCAAAACAAUAUCCUGCAGACAAUAAUAUUCAGCAGCAAAAUAGAAGUUCACAGCCAGUAUAAAUCUAUUUGGUGAAAAAUUAAUCAGUUUGGAGAAAAUUGAACC